AUGUUUUUCAGAGAAGUCCCAUCUUUACACACAUCAAAGAUCUCACACGGGGAGAAGCCGUAUUCCUGCUAUGAGUGCGGGAAAUGUUUUUCAAGGAAGUCCCUGCUUUGCACACAUCAAAGAUUCUCACACAGGGGAGAAGCCGAAGUUGGAAAGUGCGGGAAAUGUAUUUCGGAUAAGUCCCAUCUUUACACACAUCAGAGAAUGCAUGCAGCAGGGAAGAGCUUCUCCUGUACUGAGUGCGGAAAAUGUUUCCAAUCUAAAUCCGGUCUUAAUGUGCAUAAAAGAUCUCACACGGGGGAGAAGCCGUAUUCCUGUUCUGAGUGCGGGAAAUGUUUCCAAUGUAAAUCCGGUCUUAAUGUGCAUAAAAGAUCUCACACGGGGGAGAAUCCAUAUUCUUGUCCUGAGUGCGGGAAAUGUUUCCAAUGUAAAUCCGGUCUUGAUGUGCAUAAAAGAUCUCACACAGGGGAGACGCCAUAUUCCUGUUCUGAGUGCGGGAAAUGUUUCAGUGUUAAAUAUCGUCUUAUUGAGCAUCGGAGAUCUCACACGGGGGAGAAGGCACAUUCCUGCCCUGAGUGCGGUAAAUGUUUUUCAAGGAAAUCCAGUGUUUACAUACAUCAGAGAUAUCACACGGGGGAGAAGCCGUAUUCCUGUCCUGAGUGCGGGAAAUGUUUUGUAACAAAAAUCGCAGCUUGUCAGACAUCAUACAACCCACACAGGAGAGAAGCCUCAUUCCUGUUAAAUCUCACACGGGGGAGAAAGCCUCAUUCCUGUCCUGAGUGUGGGAAAUGUUUUUCACGGAAGAAACGUUUUUCAGUGAGGUCCAAUCUUUCCAUACAUCAGAGAUCUCACACGAAGGAGAAGCCAUAUUCCUGUCCUGAAUGCGGGAAAUGUUUUCAUUCAAAAUCUGAGCUUAGUGUUCACAAAAGAUCUCACAUGGGGGAAAAGCCACAUUCCUGCCCUGAAUGUGGGAAAUGUUUUUCUCAAAAGUACAAACUCUACAGACAUCAGACAUUGCACACUGGUGAGAAACCAUGUUCCUGUCCUGAGUGCGGGAAAUGUUUUAAUUUGAAUUCCACUCUCAUUACACAUUUAAGAUCUCACAUAGGUGAGAAGCCACAUCCCUGCUCUGAGUGCGGGAAAUGUUUUGUAACAAAAUUGCAGCUUGUCAGACAUCAUAGAACCCACACAAGAGAGAAGCCUCAUUCCUGUCCUGAGUGUGGGAAAUGUUUUUCAGUAAAGUUGAAUCUUUUCGCACAUCAGAAAUCUCACACGGGGGAGAAGCCUCAUUCCUGUCCUGAGUGCGGGAAAUGUUUUUCACAGAAGUCCAGUCUUUACAUACAUCAGAGAUCUCACACAGGGGAGAAGCCGUAUUCCUGUCUUGAGUGCGGGAAAUGUUUUUCAGUGAGGUCCAAUCUUUCCAGACAUCAGAGAUCUCACACGAGGGAGAAGCCGUAUUCCUGUCUUGAGUGCGCAAAUGUUUUUCACACUGAGGUCCAAUCUUUCCAGACAUCAGAGAUCUCACGGGGGAGAAGCCACGUUCCUGUCCUGAGUGAGGGAAAUGUUCCUCACUGA